CAAUUGGACUGUAGUUGUCCAAAACAUAGGACUUGAAAGAUGGCGGAUGCAGCUGCGAGGCAGUUGCAAUAUGAGUAUAAAGCGAAUUCCAAUCUUGUACUACAAGCAGAUGUUCGCCUUAUUGAGCGACGUAGUCGAGAUGAGGCAACAGGCGAGGUUAUGUCCCUUGUGGGGAAACUGGACGGUACCCGAAUGGGUGAUAGGCAUCAAAGAACACGUCCAGUAAAAGCAGCGGAAAGAAAGGCGAAACGUCAGAAACGAGAUGAAGCCCAGUAUGAUUUUACCAGAAUGAAAGGAGCCACACUACUAUCUGAGGGUGUAGAUGAAAUGGUGGGCAUCUUGUAUCGUCCCAAGACCCAAGAGACCCGUCAAACAUAUGAAGUUCUGCUCAGUUUUAUUCAGGAGGCUUUAGGUGAUCAGCCUCGUGACAUCUUGUGUGGAGCUGCAGAUGAAGUUUUGGCGGUGCUGAAGAAUGAUCGCCUGAAGGAACGGGAGAAAAAACGUGAAACUGAAUCAUUGCUUGGGAACUUGGCUGAAGAAAGAUUUGCACUUCUUGUGAAUCUGGGGAAGAAAAUAACUGACUUUGGCACAGAAGAGAAAGUUACAACAACAGACGAAAACAUUGAUGAAACAUAUGGAAUCAAUGUACAGUUUGAAGAAUCUGAAGAGGAAGAUGAUGAAGAUAUAUAUGGAGAAGUGAGAGAAGAGGAAGAUGAAGAAGAAGGAGAAGAAGCAAAAUUAGAUGGUGCAAUUCAUGCAGAGAAUUUAGGGGGAGCAGAGGAAAUGAAGAAAGAAAAGUCACUUCACCCUUUAGAUAUUGAUGCAUAUUGGCUUCAGCGCCGGUUGUCAAAAUUCUAUGAUGAUGCAAUGGCAUCCCAAGCAAAAGCAGCUGAGGUCCUUUCAGUUCUUAGAGAUGCCGGAGAUGACCGGGAUUGUGAGAACCAGCUUGUUCUGCUGCUUGGUUAUGAUUGCUUCGAUUUUAUCAAAUUACUAAAAAAGCACAGGCACAUGAUACUCUACUGCACUCUUCUGGCCUCAUCUCAGAGUGAAUCAGAGCGACAAAAGAUACGAGAUAAAAUGAAUGAAGACUCGUCCCUGGCUCGCAUUCUAAGGCAGCUGGAUACUGGAAAGGGUGAAGAUGAUGGUGGAGGGGAGGAUGGUGGAAUAGCAAGAGCUUCUCGGCGCAAGGAACAGGCAGAUGAAGGGCUAGAUGGUGCACGGGGCCAGGUUCCAGGAUCAAGGCAGCUGUUGGACUUGGAGGAUCUCACAUUUGCUCAAGGUUCACAUUUCAUGGCUAACAAACGCUGCCAGCUCCCUGAUGGGUCAUUUAGGAAGCAGAGGAAGGGUUAUGAAGAAGUUCAUGUCCCUGCAUUGAAGUCAAAGCCCUUUGCACCAGAUGAAAGUUUAUAUGCUAUAGAAAAGUUGCCAAAAUAUGUGCAGCCAGCGUUUGAAGACUUCAAGACAUUAAACAGAAUUCAGAGUAGACUGUAUAAGGCAGCACUUGAUUCAGAUGAAAAUAUUUUACUUUGUGCUCCUACUGGAGCAGGUAAAACGAAUGUGGCUCUUCUGUGCAUGCUCCGAGAAAUUGGAAAGCAUAUCAAUGCUGAUGGCACAAUAAAUACAGAUGAAUUCAAGAUCAUUUAUGUGGCUCCUAUGAGAUCUCUUGUACAAGAAAUGGUGGGAAAUUUUAGCAAGAGGUUAAAUUCUUAUAAUUUGACAGUGUCAGAGUUGACAGGUGAUCAUCAGCUGACAAGGGAACAGAUCCAGGCUACACAGAUAAUUGUGUGUACACCAGAGAAAUGGGAUAUUAUUACAAGAAAGGGAGGAGAGAAAACUUAUACACAACUUGUGCGACUGAUCAUCCUUGAUGAAGUUCAUUUACUUCAUGAUGAAAGAGGACCUGUACUUGAAGCUUUGGUAGCACGGACAAUACGCAACAUUGAAACCACACAGGAGGAUGUUCGACUUGUGGGUCUCAGUGCCACCUUGCCCAAUUACCAAGAUGUAUCCACUUUUCUGAGGAUUAAACAGGAGACAGGCUUGUUCUACUUUGACAACAGUUUUCGUCCUGUUGCAUUAGAACAGCAAUACAUUGGAGUGACAGAGAAGAAAGCAAUGAAAAGAUUCCAAGUGAUGAACGAAAUUGUGUAUGAAAAAGUUAUGGAGCAUGCAGGUCAUAACCAGGUGCUUGUGUUUGUGCAUUCACGUAAAGAAACAGGGAAAACUGCUCGAGCAAUUCGAGACAUGUGUCUUGAAAAGGAUACUCUUGGCCAGUUCUUGAGGGAAGGUUCAGCAUCCAUGGAAGUUCUGAGAACUGAGGCUGAGCAAGUGAAGAAUCAUGAACUGAAAGAUCUCUUACCGUAUGGGUUCGCCAUCCAUCAUGCAGGUAUGACUCGAGUUGACAGAACAUUGGUAGAAGAUCUGUUUGCUGACAGGCAUAUUCAGGUUCUCGUGUCUACUGCCACCUUGGCUUGGGGUGUAAACUUGCCAGCACACACAGUCAUCAUAAAGGGAACACAAGUUUACAACCCCGAGAAAGGUCGUUGGGUAGAGUUAGGAGCACUGGAUGUAUUGCAGAUGCUUGGUCGUGCAGGUCGACCUCAGUAUGAUACCAAAGGAGAGGGUAUUCUGAUCACAAACCACAGUGAGCUGCAGUACUAUCUGUCACUUUUGAACCAACAGCUGCCAAUAGAGUCGCAGUGUAUUAGCAAGCUACCAGAUAUGCUGAAUGCAGAGAUUGUACUGGGGACUAUUCAGAAUGUUAGAGAUGCUGUUACAUGGCUGGGAUACACUUACCUCUAUGUCAGAUUGUUGCGUGCACCCACCCUAUAUGGAAUAUCUCAUGACCGUCUUAAGGAAGAUCCUCUUUUGGAACAGUAUAGAGCUGACUUAAUUCAUACUGCAGCCUUGCAUUUGGAUCACAGUGGGCUUAUAAAAUAUGAUCGCAAGACAGGACAUUUCCAGGUGACAGAACUGGGCCGCAUUUCCAGUCACUACUACUGCACACAUGACACUAUGGCAACAUAUAAUCAGCUUCUGAAACCGACCCUAAGUGAAAUUGAACUCUUCAGAGUGUUCUCAUUAUCUGGCGAGUUCCGUAACAUCACUGUUAGGGAGGAAGAGAAGCUGGAACUGCAGAAGCUGAUGGAGCGUGUGCCAAUUCCCAUCAAGGAGAGCAUUGAAGAGCCAAGUGCAAAAGUGAAUGUUUUGCUUCAGGCUUACAUCUCACAAUUGAAACUUGAGGGCUUUGCUUUGAUGUCAGACAUGGUUUACGUUACACAGUCUGCUGCUCGACUCAUGCGUGCCAUUUUUGAAAUUGUUUUGUACCGAGGCUGGGCGCAGUUGGCCGACAAAGCAUUGUCACUGUGUAAAAUGGUGGAUCGACGCAUGUGGCAGUCCAUGUCACCUCUUCGCCAAUUCCGUAAAAUGCCAGAAGAAAUUGUGAAGAAAAUUGAAAAGAAGAAUUUUCCAUGGGAGAGGUUGUAUGAUCUAAAUCCAAAUGAAAUUGGAGAGCUGAUUCGUUUGCCCAAGUUGGGCAAAACAAUCCACAAGUAUGUACAUCAGUUUCCAAAGCUUGAGUUGUCUACACACAUCCAACCUAUAACAAGGUCAACAUUGCGUAUUGAAUUGACAGUCACGCCUGACUUCCAGUGGGAUGAAAAAUUACAUGGGGCAUCUGAAGCAUUUUGGAUUUUGGUGGAAGAUGUGGACUCCGAAGUGAUCUUGCAUCAUGAAUAUUUUCUUCUAAAAUCCAAGUAUGCAACAGAUGAACAUCUUAUCAAGUUCUUUGUACCAGUUUUUGAACCACUUCCUCCACAGUAUUUUCUGAGAAUUGUGUCAGAUCGAUGGCUCGGUGCAGAGACUCAGCUACCAGUCUCCUUCAGACAUCUUAUUCUGCCAGAAAAGAAUCUCCCUCCAACAGAACUUUUGGAUCUUCAGCCCCUUCCAGUAACAGCUUUGAGAAAUCCUGAGUUUGAAUCUCUAUACAUAGAUAAAUUUCCACAGUUCAAUCCAAUCCAGACACAGGUGUUCAAUGCUGUCUACAAUAGUGAUGACAACAUUUUCAUAGGAGCCCCAACUGGCUCAGGAAAGACAACAAUUGCUGAAUUUGCAGUACUGAGACUUCUGUCACAGAAUCCUGAUGGCCGCUGUGUAUACCUUGUCCCUCGUGAUGCUCUAGCAGAGGUGGUGUUUGCUGACUGGCAACAGAAGUUCGGUGGUGUGCUAGGGAAGAAAGUGGUACUCCUGACUGGUGAGACUGGAACUGACUUGAAGUUACUGGCUAAAGGACAGGUAAUAGUUUGCACUGCUGAGAAAUGGGACAUUCUGUCAAGGCGGUGGAAACAAAGGAAGAAUGUACAAAACAUUCAGCUCUUUAUUGUUGAUGAACUACAGUUGAUUGGAGGUGAAGAUGGUCCUGUGUUAGAAGUGGUCUGUUCUAGGAUGCGAUACAUGUCUUCACAAAUUGAACGACAGAUCCGGAUAGUGUCACUGUCUGCUUCUCUCGCUGAUGCCCGUGAUGUUGCACAGUGGCUGGGCUGCAAUGCCAAUGCUACAUUUAAUUUCCAUCCUAGUGUUCGACCUAUUCCACUUGAGCUGCACGUUCAAGGUUUCAAUGUCACACAUAAUGCAUCCCGUCUCAUUGCAAUGACCAAACCAGUGUACAAUUCAAUUCUGAAACAUAGUCCCCACAAGCCUGUAAUUGUCUUUGUACCUACACGGAAACAAGCUCGACUAACUGCGAUAGAUCUCUUGACCUUCACUGCAGCUGAGGGUCAGCCCAAUAGAUUCUUCCAUGCUGAAGAAGAGGACAUCAAGCCAUUCCUUGACCGUAUGACAGAUAAGACAUUGAAAGAGACACUCUCACAGGGAGUGGCUUAUAUCCAUGAAGGUCUUACACCAAGUGACCACCGGCUUGUAGAGCAAUUGUUUGAUUCAGGAGCUGUACAGGUAGCAGUUGUGACACGAAACCUGUGCUGGGGUGUCAGCAUAGCUGCACACUUGGUCGUUAUCAUGGAUACACAGUUUUACAAUGGCAAAAUUCAUGCAUAUGAGGACUAUCCCAUUACUGAUGUUCUGCAGAUGGUGGGCCGUGCCAAUCGUCCACUAGAGGAUGAUGAUGCAAAGUGUGUGCUCAUGUGUCAGAGCUCUAAAAAGGACUUCUUCAAGAAAUUCCUCAAUGAGUCAUUGCCAGUUGAGAGCCAUCUGGAUCAUAGGUUGCACGAUCAUUUCAAUGCAGAGAUUGUGACCAAAACCAUUGAGAACAAGCAGGAUGCAGUAGAUUAUCUGACUUGGACUUUCAUCUACCGCAGGCUCACACAAAACCCAAAUUACUAUAAUCUUCAGGGAGUUACCCACAGGCACUUAUCUGAUCAUCUUUCAGAACUUGUUGAAAAUACUCUGAAUGAUCUGGAACAAUCAAAAUGCAUCAGUAUUGAAGAAGAGAUUGACUGUAUGCCAUUGAACCUGGGCAUGAUUGCAGCAUAUUACUACAUCAACUACACCACAAUUGAGUUGUUCAGUCUGUCCCUUAAUAACAAGACAAAGAUUCGUGGGUUGCUGGAAAUCAUUUCUUCUGCUGCAGAAUAUGAAGAUGUACCAGUGCGCCACCAUGAAGAUAAUCUGCUUCGCAGUUUGGCAGCACGGCUUCCAAACAAGUUGGCAGGAUCUCCCAAAUACAAUGACCCACAUAUCAAAACAAAUCUGCUUCUUCAGGCCCAUCUGUCUCGACUUCAGCUGGGGGCAGAGCUACAGGGAGACACAGAAGCCAUUCUUGGCAAGGCAAUUCGCUUGAUUCAAGCUUGUGUGGAUGUGCUGAGUUCCAGUGGUUGGCUGUCUCCUGCAGUAGCAGCUAUGGAAUUGGCUCAGAUGGUUACACAGGCUAUGUGGAGUAAGGAUUCAUAUCUGAAACAACUUCCACACUUCACACCUGACAUCAUCAAGAGGUGCACAGAGAAGGGUGUGGAGACAGUUUUUGAUAUAAUGGAAUUAGAGGAUGAUGUCCGUUCAAAAUUGCUACAGCUGACUGAUGCACAGAUGGCAGACGUUGCCAGGUUUUGUAAUCGUUAUCCUAACAUUGACAUGAAAUAUCAAGUGGAGGAUGAGGAUAGCAUCCGUAGUGGUUCCUCUGUCAUUGUUACUGUGCAACUGGAACGUGAGGAUGAAGUCACUGGACCAGUGAUUGCUCCAUUCUAUCCACAGAAACGAGAGGAAGGAUGGUGGGUAGUGAUCGGUGAUCCCAAGAUGAACUCAUUGCUGUCAAUAAAGAGACUCAAUUUACAGCAGAAAUCCAAAGUUAAGUUAGAUUUUGUUGCUCCAAGUCCAGGGCAUCACACAUACACUUUGUAUUUCAUGAGUGAUGCUUAUCUCGGUUGUGAUCAAGAAUACAAGUUUUCUAUACGUGUGGAAGAUUAUCAGUCUGGUGAGAGUGACAGCGACAGUGGCUAAGAUUAAACAUGCUACAUCCAUUCCAUGUGUAUGUAGAUACCAAGAUAACUGCAACACAGUUUGAAGGUGUCCUGGAAUUCAUCCAGGAAACAAGCACAUUUUUAAUUCAAGUUAGUCAUCCAACAAAAGAUGAAGUGAAUAGAAGAGCAUUUCAUGUUUAGUGCAGUUGUAUUUCAUUUUCCAAAAUAAUCAAUGUAUAUAAAUAAACAUCCUUUAAACUACA